AUGAGUGUUGACGUGUUUGGACGACAAUUGAGCAAUAUCAUAAGUGCUGUGAGGGCUUCCACUCGUGGUCCUCCUGGAGAAGGAUUUAAGACUAUGAAACAAAAACGUAUUGAUGAAGAGGAAGUACAAGCGCACUUGAUUAAUCAUUCAAAGACCAUUAAACAUCUGAGCGACGAACUAACAACAUUGAGAGAAUCUGUCUCACGUGAGAUUCAGUCAAUUCUUGAUGGUCUGCAAUCAAUGAUUACAGAGCAAUUGAAGAGAAUUCAAGAAGAAACAAAUCAAGACCUAGCAUUGCGAAAAUCUGAAAUAAUUGGUGACUUGGAUAAACGUCUGAUUGCAUUGGAGAACGGACAAAAAAGCGUCAUUGAUAUUUUUUCAAAAUAUGCCUGGGCUGUGCCAACUAAAACUAAAAAUGCAAAAGAUGUGACGAAUGCCAUGAAGUCUGUGCUGAAGCAAGGACGUAAACCACAAAAAUUGCAUGUGGAUCGAGGAAAAGAAUUCUACAACAAUGAAUUCAAGAAACUGAUGGAAGAUAAUGGUAUCACUAUGUAUUCAACAUUCAGUAAUCUUAAAGUGUCUAUACCUGAGCGAUUCAAUCGUACACUCAAAGAAAAAAUGUGGAAGCAGUUCAGUUUGCCAGGAACAUACAAAUGGAUUCCUAUAGUCAAGACGCUGGUUCAGUCUUAUAACAACACAAAGCAUCGGGCAAUCCAUAUGAAACCCAUAGAUGUCUCUGCGGACCAUGAGAAAUAUCUUCUACGACAUGUUUACGGUAAAUUCCAUGUGAAUCGUACGAAAAAAGUCAAAUUCAAAGUUGGAGAGAGAGUGCGGAUCAGCAAAUACAAGAACAUAUUUGAAAAAGGCUAUACACCUAACUGGACAACGGAAAUAUUCACCAUCGACGAAGUUGUCAACACCGACCCCGUGACGUACAAACUCAGAGAUUACGAAGGAAAGCCAAUUGAAGGUGGAUUCUACCAAGAGGAACUAACCAAAGUCAAAUAUCCUGAUGUCUAUCUCGUGGAAAAAAUCCUUCGAAGACGUGGGAAUCAAAUUUUUGUCAAAUGGCUGGGCUUCGAUAAUUCUCACAACAGUUGGAUCAAUAAAAAUGAUUUAUAA